CAUCGCGCGUCACACAAGCAGCCGAGCAGCAGACACUGCGGGUCUGCUCGGCUGCGGCAGUGACACUGGGCAGCUAGUCCUCCCUCAUCCUCCUCGCGGUUCACAGAAACCUCAAAACCCAACCAGGUCGGCCUCCACAGACACAGGAGAGGGGGGAAACACAUGGAGCUCUUCGUGUCCACCACCGCCUCCGCCCGCGCCGCCGCGCCCUUGUGCUUCGCCCCCCUCCGCCGCGGAGGGUCUGCGCCCUCCGUCGUCCCGCUCCGCCGUCGCCUCCCAGCUCGAGGUUGGCGUUGCGCCAGUACGGCCGUGCCUGACCCGGUGCCGUCCGAGGAGCCCGCGUCCACCACCGUCGUCGUCACGGACAAGCCCGAUUCGCCUGCCGACGAGAAGGGUGAGGAGGUUGGCGCGGCGUCUAGCGGCGGCUCCGUGGAGGCGGCCGUAGCGGCUCCUGUAUCGUCGGGAGUUUUCGAGGAGGGCGGCGGCCUAGAUGACAUACUGAGCAAGUUGGACAUUGAAGUGACACCCACUUUAAUCCUCACUGGAUCUAGUGCCUUUGUUGCUUUAUGGAUUCUAUCUUCCGUUGUUUCUGCAAUUGAUUCCGUUCCACUGCUUCCAAACUUGCUGGAACUAGUAGGAAUUGGCUACUCAAUUUGGUUCACCGCACGGUAUCUCCUUUUCAAGGAAAGCAGAGAUGAGCUAUUUGCAAAAUUUGAAGACCUCAAACAGAGGAUUAUUUGAAUUGUGGGUGAAUAAUCUUUUGGCAUAUGCUUAGGCUUUGCAGCCAGCUUAUUAUUAGCUUUUCUCCUUUUCAUUUCAAAUAUUACUGCAAAGGUAAAGAAGGUCGUGUACUUAUGUCAAGUUUGUUUUCUUGGGUCUGUUAUCAGACUUUUGAAGUUCGCUAGUGUGCUUGUGCAGGUCGUUCUGCUGUAUUUACUUGAUCCGAUGUAUAUAUUGUCGAAUAAAGCGUCACACAAAUAUUUAAAUGUGUUGAGAAUGUUUUGACUCC